AUGAUCGCUCCUUCCAGCGCCUGGGUCCGCGUGAGUCUACGUCGCAUUCCGAACGCCCCUUCUCCUCGGAACGGCAAUACCGGAACUCCUUCACCCUUUGAACACACACGCUUCCGAUUCAACCCGCACACAUCACGUCGCUACAAUGCCCCACGACCAAACGCCGGCCAAAUCAAUGAGAGUGCGCAGACAAUUCCCGGCCCGAGCUGGCUUUGGCUUCAACCCAUCAUCGAACCCUUCCGCGCAUAUGGUCGCGUGCAACAAAGAAAGCCGUACAUGACACAGUUGAUAUCUUCGCUGGUCAUUUAUUUUGUUGGGGAUUUGGUGGCGCAGAGUAUCUCGCCUACUCCCACCACGGCCGAAAGUCUGGCACUUGCGGAUGAUGCCGAGGAAAAAGGAUGGGUCCAGGAAUGGAGCAACAACCGCGACUGGGCACGUACGGGUCGCGCACUUGUCAUCGGAGGAUUGAGCUCCAUUCCAUCGUACAAGUGGUUCUUGUGGCUGUCCAACAAUUUCAACUACAGCUCAAAGUUGCUCUCCAUAACGACAAAGGUUACUAUAAACCAAGCCUUCUUCACUCCCUUGUUCAACUCGUACUUCUUCGGCAUGCAAUCCCUUCUUUCAGGCGCAUCCGGUGCCGAGAUUGUCGAACGAAUCAAGAACACAGUUCCAACAAGCUGGCUCAACAGCUGCAAAGUCUGGCCCGCCAUCACGGCCUUUAGCUUCACGUACAUACCGCUUCAGUACAGGAGCAUAUUCGGCGGCGUCAUCGCAAUCGGCUGGCAAACCUAUCUCAGCCUGCUCAACCAGAGAGCCGCUGCCAAGGAGGAGAAUGGAGCUGAAGCAGAACACGUGCCAGCUGUAAAGACAAGAGUUAUGGAGACCAGGGCAGAGCGUGGGCACGGCCAGCAAAAGUGUCCCAUGUGAUGCACCUGCUACCGGAAUUCAACAUCAGCAGCGUUUCGGACUCAUUGGACGAGUUUCAUCGGCUGACGGACUUGAGUCCGACAACACGACAUUCACUUUCCUGACUUAGGUCAGCGACUUCUUUUUUCCUUUGUUCAAUUGUAGAUAUCCAAGAGCGAGCACAUCGCAUAUAGACUGGCGUUUGGGGAUUUGAUACCACGAGUAAACCGCAUAGACGAUAGGACGCAAUAGCCACCAUAUUAUUAUCAUCA